AUGUCUCCGCCCGCCUGCGCGUCGGGUAAACUUCAUUAUAUGCGCAUAUAUCGACCCCAAAGGCAAUUGGUAUGCACAUCAUCAACGCUCCUCCCGAACUCCCACAGCAUUUCCGGUCUUCGCGCCCUCGACUCCGUCACGAUCUCCUGCGCACUGCUGACCCUCGGAAAACAAUCACGACCUCUAAAGCUCAUCCUCGCCCAUUUACCGGCUCGUAUAACAUCGCUUACCCUGACAGCCCUCGCCCGCAUCGACGCCGCCCUCCUCCGUCUAAUCGCCGGCGUGUUCCCGGCGCUGACGACCCUCGAGCUGAGCGUCGCGGAAAGGCUGGACUACGAGUGCUGCGCCAACUGCUUCGCGGAGAGCGCGAGCUGCGUCGUGUAUGCGCCUAUCCCGCACCAUCACCGGUCGGCGGAGGCGCUGGGGGAAGCGCUUGGGUCGGCCUUGCAACCGCUGAAGGCACUUCGACGUCUGUUCCUCGGCCUCCUUCUCUGCCACGCAGACACCCUAACGUGCUUCGACUUCAACUGCCCGGAAGCGUUUAAUGCGGGGAGGCAAUCACCAGAGGCUGUCCGCACGAAUGAGGGGCUCGCUGCGGCCGCGAUUGUUCCGAGCGUUCCUUCGCUGGAGACUAUUACCUGGGGGUUGCCUCCUCACCAACGGCUGCACGGGACGGACCACAGAGCAGAGCCGACUUCCGUUGGAUGAUGCUUCUCGUUCUGGCUCUCGCCGACUUUAUACUGGGUUGUCAUGUAGGAAUUGGACCGAUGCUGCUGACUUGGGGCUCUCUUCUACGCACACUGAACGGUCGACCCGGCACCUGAUCGAUUCAGGCUUGCGGAAGUUGAUGACUAUUUGUGACGCACCUGCAUGACGCAGUUCGU